AUGCUUUUCUUCUUUGUUUUGGCUGCCUUUAUCUCUUUAUCUGAUGCUCAAUUCUCUGUCUACCGCCCCAAGAAUGCUGAUCAAGUCAUCUUUGAUGGAAAAUCUGUGACCUAUACUACCUCAAGGACCACCACCGCCACCGCCACAGGUCCAGCAGCUACGUUCACCAACGCUGCUGCCUACAACCAAGACACAUUGCAAGCUCCAGCACUACCGGUUCCUGCCCCGGCGACCGAGUUCUCCAUUCAAUUGGUCGAUGGCGGGAUGACAGGCCUGUCUAUCAAGCAGAAUGGCGCCUUCUACGGAUUCUCGGUGGAGAUGUCGGUGGCGGAAAACGUUUUGGGCCGCAACAGUUCGCUACUUCAAGUACCAUUUCUGAACCUUAUGGCGAACAUCCAGGAGCGGGUCGGAUCAGUGCUCGUACGGGUCGGAGGGAACACUCAGGAGCAGGCAGCUAUGGUGUCCAGCCUGCCGAAUUCAACAUCCGUUAGCAUGAGCACCGGAUCCCUGCAGUGGACACCAGAUUUACUGUACACGAUGGCAAAUAUAUCGGCCCUGACAAACACACGGUGGCUUUUGGGUAUACCGUGGUUCCAGGCCUCCCCGUUUGUGCUUGACAUUGUCCACCAAGGAGAACAAAUAUUGGGAGACAAGGUCAUAGGAUAUCAGGCGGCUAACGAGCCAGACCUCUACGCGCGCCAUGGCAACAGACCAAGUACGUACACCGCUCAGGACUACGUCAACGAGGUCGGCGCUUUGGUCGAUCAGAUCAGCACGGAUUCGGCCAUCCCAAUGAAGAACAACCUUCUCGUUGCACCCAGCCUGGCGGGUAACUGGAAUCUGAGCGCUAUCUGGAACACGUCUUUCAUCUCAACGUAUAGCGAUAGUCUCGCUCUGCUGUCCGUUGAGCACUAUCCAGAGAGCGCCUGCGACACAGUGACCAUACCCGUCGUUCCUCAAGAUGCUUUCGCUCAAUACCUCACCCAUAGCUUCUCACAACAGCAAGUUGCGAAGUAUCUUCCCUCUACGGCUCUUGCUCAGCAGUCCGACAAGCAGUUCUUAAUGUCUGAAACGAAUUCCGGAUCUUGCGGAGGUUGGGCGGGCCUCUCAGAUAGUUUCGGAGCGGCACUGUGGGCGCUGGAUUACGGCCUUACUAUGGCCUAUAGCAACUUCACGGGCGCUUUGCUUCAUGUCGGUGGCUUGAACUCCUUCUACAACCCAUUCUUCAGUCCUCCUACUAACCAGUCGCAUUAUCGGCAAUGGACUGUGGGCCCUGUGUAUUACAGCGCCUUGAUCAUGGCGGAAAUCUUGGGUCCUAGUAAUGCAUCACAGGUUGUUGACCUCCAGGCCAAUGCGAACUCGGACUAUACACCAGGAUAUGCAAUCUUUGAGAACGGGUCGCCGACCAAAGUAGCAUUGUUCAACUUGAUGACGGAUCCCUCUGGUAAUUCGGACUAUACGGCUACGCUCUCUAUCUCGGGUGCCACACUUCCUUCACAAGUCACGGUCAAGUAUCUGCGCUCGUCUUCGGUCUCCGACAAGGCUGGCUAUACGUGGGCGAACCAGUCAUUUGGUGACGCUCUCCAAGCCGAUGGUCGCCUGCAAGGGACGCUCGACGUUCAAACCGUGCAAUGCGACCAAACAAGCAAUACUUGCGCCAUUAAAGUUCCAGCUCCCAGCUUCGCUCUUGUUUUCCUCACAGAUGACGCAGAAAGCGAAGCAACGCCGUCCGAGACCCUCACGUUCUCGACCAGUACGAUUGCAACAGCGACCGCGGCGUAUGUCGACCCGUCCGUGUUGGCGACGAGCAAUGGACAAUCCGGACUUGGUUUGGAUGGUGAAUACAAGGGGAGUACGAGCCCUGGCUCUGUGGAUCAUUUUAAUUCUGCGGGACAUGCAGUACCGUGGAUGACUGGAUUAAUCAUAUCCGUUCUUUCGGGUCUGCUUGUUGUUUUGCGGACAAUUUAGGAACGAACCUGCUUUACGAUUUCUGUUACGUCUUAUCUCUUCCUCAUCUUCAUCUGGGUAUUGGGUAUAUCUGGAUAUUGGGUAUCGUCGCUGCUUUUAUGCCUUUUCACGGACUGUCGAGAUGCUCACGGAUACAAUCAAUUCAUCGGACUAUUUGUAAUAUUUGACGACAUGGAUUAUCGGACGUUCGCAUACUUACCCUUGUAUAAUUCAUAAUGAAGUUACAGUACUGCUUUCUGUACUACAAGUAAUAUCGUUUUUUACAAACAGUGGCUC